CCGGUGUGACACGCAUCUAGCGCUUUUGCGAUGGAGAGAACGUGCGUAAAGGUCGCCCAGACUGCCUAGGUCGCAGUACUCUAUGUACAGCUCACCGACGGGUUGGUUGUCUUGGCAAGUCAGAUACUCGUGGAGCUGGAUGAUGUUGGGAAGCCCUUCCACCUUUUUCAACAUACUUGCUUCGACUACUCCGAAAUCUGGAGGGUUCUUUUUGCAGAUCAGCUUGAUUCCUGUGUGUGGGUCUUCAACGAGGGAGAUGCCUUGAUUUUGUGAUCCACCUAAUUUGCUUCCGAAAUCUUCCAAUAGGAUAUAUCUGCAUUGGGUUUGGGAUGCCAUAUUCUUGUCGCGUGGAAUUGUCAUAAAUUGUCUGAGCUUCUCUUGAUAAGGUGUCGGGGGUCU